AUCCUGGGCAUACCUGAAAGAACAAUGGAGAUUGGAUGGGUGCUCAAUGGGAGACAAAGGCAAGUCCUUGCUUUCUUUGUUUUGCUCGGCAUGUUGGGGGUGGACUCUGAGUUAGGAUCUUAUUCAGUAGUGGAAGAAAUGGAGAGAGGUUUUUUCGUGGCAAAUCUAGGAAAAGAUCUGGAGUUGGGGUUGACAGAGAUGUCCACUCGUGGAGCUCGAAUCAUUUCUCAGGGGUACAAAGAGCAUUUGCAAUUCAAUGUUCAGACUGGGGAUUUGCUCAUAAAUGAGAAACUGGAUCGAGAGGAGCUUUGUGGUUCAACAGAGCCUUGCAUAAUACAUUUCCAGAUAUUGAUGGAAAAACCGUUACAGAUAUUUCAAGCUGAAUUGAGGGUGACAGACAUAAAUGACCAUUCUCCCUUGUUCAGUGAAAGAGAAAUGAUUCUAAAAAUACCGGAAAACAGUCCUCUAGAAAUUGCAUUUCCUCUGAGUACCGCUGUUGACUUGGACGUAGGAAGCAACAAUAUUCAGAAAUAUGAAAUCAGCCCCAACUCCCAUUUUCGGGUGCAGACCCAAAAUCGCAGUGAUGGCAGAAAAUACCCUGAGCUGGUGUUGGAAAAAGAACUGGACAGAGAGGAUGAGCCUGAAAUUAUAUUAACCCUGAAGGCACUGGAUGGUGGCACUCCACCUCUCUCUGGGACAUCCAAAGUGCUCAUUGAAGUAGUAGAUGUCAAUGACAAUGCCCCAGAGUUUGAGCAGCAACUCUACAAUGUGCAUAUUUCAGAGAACAGACCCAUAGGAUCCCUGGUUAUCACAGUGUCUGCCAGUGAUUUAGACAGUGGGGUCAAUGGACAGAUCUCAUACACAUUCUUUCAACCUUCAGAAGACAUUAGCAAAACCUUGGAGAUAAAUUCUCUGACAGGUGAAAUUCAACUGAGAAAACAAUUAGAUUUUGAAGCAGUUCAGUCAUAUGAAGUUGAUAUCAAGGCCACUGAUGGAGGAGGUCUUUCUGGGAAAUGCACUCUUCUCCUGAGGGUGGUAGAUGUGAAUGAUAACCCCCCAGAAGUGACCAUGUCUGCAUUCACAAGCCCCAUCCCAGAGAACUCACCAGAAACUGUAGUUGCUGUUUUCAGUGUUUCUGACCCAGAUUCUGGGGACAAUGGAAGGAUGGUUUGCUCCAUCCCUGAAGAACUACCCUUUCUCUUGAAACCAACAUUCAAGAAUUUUUACACACUAGUCACAGAGAGACCCCUGGACCGAGAGAGCCAAGCGGAGUACAACAUCACCAUCACAGUAAUAGACAUGGGCACCCCCAGGCUGCAAACACAGCACACCAUCACAGUGCUGGUGUCCGACGUGAACGACAACGCCCCCGCCUUCAGCCAGCCCUCCUACACCCUGCUGGUAGGCGAGAACAACAGCCCCGCACUGCACAUAGGCAGCGUGAGCGCCACUGACCCCGAUGCGGGCAGCAACGCCCAGGUGACCUACUCGCUGCUGCCUUCCCAAGACCCACAGCUGCCGCUCGCCUCUCUGGUGUCCAUCAACGCCGACAACGGGCAGCUGUUCGCGCUGCGCUCGCUGGACUUCGAGGCCGUGCGCACCUUCGAGUUCGGCGUAGGCGCGAGGGACCGCGGCUCGCCCGCGCUCAGCAGCCAGGCGCGGGUGCGCGUGCUGGUACUGGACCGCAAUGACAAUGCGCCCUUCGUGCUGUACCCGCUGCAGAACGCGUCGGCGCCCGGCAGCGAACUGGUGCCCAGGGCGGCAGAGGCGGGCUACCUGGUGACCAAGGUGGUGGCGGUGGACAGCGACUCGGGCCAGAACGCCUGGCUGUCGUUCCAGCUGCUCAAGGCCACGGAGCCCGGGCUCUUCAGCGUGUGGGCGCACAAUGGCGAGGUGCGCACUGCGCGGCCGCUCAGCGAGCGCGACGCGCCCAAGCACAGGCUGCUGGUGCUGGUCAAGGACAAUGGCGAGCCACCGCUGUCGGCCAGCGUCACGCUGCACGUGCUGCUGGUGGAUGGCUUCUCGCAGCCCUUCCUGCCGCUGCCCGACGCGCCACCCAACGCGCCUCCGGAUGACCGCCUCACAGUCUAUCUGGUGGUGGCUUUGGCCUGCGUGUCAUCGCUCUUCCUCUUCUCGGUGCUGGCCUUCGUGACCGUGCGCCUGUGCAGGCGGGCUGGCCCGCCCGCUGGGGGCCCCUACCCGCUGCCCGACGCUCACUUCCCAGGACACCUGCUGGACGUCAGUGGUGCUGGGACCCUGUCGCACAGCUACCAGUAUGAGGUGUGUCUGGCAGGGGGCGCUGGCACGAAUGAGUUCAAGUUCCUCAAGCCUAUCUUGCCAGAUUUCCAGGAUCAUGCUACUGGGACCAAUAGUGAAGAAAACCCCACUUUCCGCAGUAGCUUUGGAUUUAAUUAGUAUCAGAAACAUCUCUCU